GUAGUUGGACUGGGAGAUUGGUUGGGGGUAGUCCUGCACGCUGGGAGAGACCUAGUCCCAGAAGUACUGUCACUAAGGAGAUAUGGGGUCUUCUCAGAGAAGCUUUCCAGCCCUAGUCUGGGCUCCCUACUGGGGCAAAAGUUUGGAGGAUGGGCCCCAGGUCUGGGCCCUCAGCCCCAGUUGGGGCAGUUCUUUGACCUCUGCAAGAAAAUGUUGGGCUUCAUUUUUUAUUUUCAUGUUGGGCUUCAUUUUUUAUUUUCAUGUUGGGCUUCAUUUUUUAUUUUCAAUUUUUAAUUAUUUUUUCUGGGCUAGUCAUAGGGAUACACAUGUAUGCACAAAUACGUGGUUUCAAAAUAAAACAUACAACUUGCUUUAAGCUUUCAGCACUAGUUUGUAGAUGUCUCAUGUGAAUAUGGAGAGAGCCACCAUUUUCUUUUCAUUGUUGCACAGUAUUCCACAGUUCGGAUGUAUCAUAAUUUAUUCAUUCUUCUGUUGAUAGUUUCGAGGAAGUUUUUCCUUCUAAGUUUUCACCAUUACAAAAAGUGUUGCAGUGAAUACUCUUCCUUGGAAACUUGUGCUGGAAUUUCUAUGUGGUAGGUUCCUAGAGGCAGUCCUAGGUUCAACAUCUCAAAUGAAAUACAAGGAAAUGAAGGACUAGAGAGGUUAGCUGAAUUGACAAGUCACACAGUUGUCAUGAAAGAGCUGUUUGAAAAAAUCCAUUCUGAUGAAUUUUGUUGUUUUGUUUGAACAAAACAUUUGUUUGAUACCUUCCUUCAGGCCUGAUCCUUUGAAUGUAUCUUAGUAAGACUGUAGCCUGUAGGUGGAAGAUGCCAAAGCUCCCAACUCAGACUGGGAUGGAGGAUCAGCAGGCUUCACCAGGGCCUGGCAGGCUAUAUUGAAAGACAGCCAAGGGUCACUGCCCCAAAGAUACAGGGGACUUGACCUGCAUGAAUGUGGACUGUCCUUCCCCUUUCUCUGCUCCCUCCACAUCCAUGUGAGGCCACAAAGGCCCUAGGACCUUAGAGUUCUCUAGGGGCUGAAUGGCAUCCCAGCUUGUCAGCACACACAGCUGAGGCCACGCUGGGCCUGUUGCUAGCGCUGAGGACACCUGAAGGGAUACUGUGGAGAAAACAGUCACAGGAGUGACUGGGGGACAUCCUGGCCUCCUCCCAAGCCCUUCCCACUCCCACUAGCCACCAAGCCCCAUCAUUUCUAUCUCCCUAAUAUCUCUGUAAUACCCAUCUACUUCUCUCCACCACUUGCACCCCUGAGUUCAGCCCCACCCUCUCUCACUUGAAUGGCUGCAAUAUCCUCCCUAGUUUCUCUUCUCCACUCUCCCUUUCCUCCGCUGUGUUGCUACAUGGGGACCAGAGACAUUUCUAAAUGUGGUCAUGCUUCUUCACUCCCUUAAAACCCACCAAGACAGAAUUCUGGUAUGACAUUUGAUACUCCUUAGUUGAUCUUAACAUUGCUGCUUUGAGUCAACUUAUAGCUAGUUCUCCCCACUCUUUGACACCUCUAUAAACUUGCACAUGCUCUUCCUUCUCCCUGGAUUCUUAGUUCCUUCCCCCAAUGGAUGCAAUGGUAAGCUUGACCUAGAGAAGUCAGGGCAUCAGAAAAGGCAGAGGAAGGGGAGGAAGGAUUUGCCAGGCCAAUGACCUGGGCAGUGAGUUGUGGGUGGAGGUCCAGAUGAUGACUGCAUACAGGGAGGUUUGGAAUCUCAGGUUUUGAAGGUGCAGUCAGCUGGGGUGUACCUGCUGAGGUGGGCCAGGCAGGAAUGAUCAUAGUGCUUAGCUAUGUGGAAGAUGGCUUAGAGGAGGGCAUCCAGCUGGCUUGGAGAAGGCCUCUGCCAGGGUCCUGGAGAGACACAUCAGAAGGCCAGACAAGGCAGAUGGAUGAUAGCCUGCUGCUACUUGUUAAAAGGACAGGGAGGUGAAGUCAAAUGGUGUACUUCAUGGGAGGGAGCAGAAGCUGAGGAUGUCGGAUGGGACCCAUGGCUCCAUGGAUAGAGAUGAUCCCAUGAGCAACAUUUAUGGAGAUUUAAGUGGAUGCCAAGCACCAUAUUCACAAGAACCCUAAAAGGAAAUGGGAAGGUGGGGACCCAGGUGUGGCCCACCAGAAGACCCCUACCUGCCUGCUGCUGACCCCAGAGGGUGCCUUUCACAGCUUUGGCUAUACAGCCCGUGAUUACUACCACGAUCUGGACCCUGAGGAGGCUCGUGACUGGCUCUACUUUGAAAAGUUCAAGAUGAAGAUCCACAGUAUCACUGAUCUCACUUUGAAGACCCAGCUAGAAGCAGUAAACGGAAAGAAAAUGCCUGCCCUGGAGGUGUUCGCUCAUGCCUUGCGCUUCUUCAAGGAGCAUGCCCUUCAGGAGCUGAGGGAGCAGUGCCCAUCACUGCUGGAGAAGGACACUGUGCGCUGGGUGUUGACCGUACCUGCCAUCUGGAAACAACCAGCCAAGCAGUUCAUGCGGGAGGCUGCCUACCUGUGUGAUGCCUGGUCCAUGAUGCUCCCCAACCCUGCCAACCACCAUCAGGCUGGACUAGUGUCGAGAGAGGAUGCAGAGCAAUUACUCAUCGCCCUGGAGCCCGAGGCUGCCUCUGUCUACUGCCGCAAGCUGCGUCUGCACCAGCUCGUGGAUCUGAGUAGCCGAGCUCCAGGCAGAGGGUGCCUGGGCGAGCGCCGCUCCAUUGACUCCAGCUUCCGUCAGGCCCGAGAGCAGCUUCGAAGAUCCCGUCACAGCCGGACAUUCCUGGUGGAGUCGGGUGUUGGAGAGCUGUGGGCCGAUAUGCAAGCAGGAGAUCGCUAUGUGGUGGCAGACUGUGGGGGAGGCACAGUGGACCUGACUGUGCACCAGCUGGAGCAGCCCCAUGGCACCCUCAAGGAGCUCUACAAGGCGUCUGGUGGGCCCUGCGGCGCAGUGGGCGUGGACCUGGCUUUUGAGCAGCUGCUGGGCCGCAUCUUCGGUGAGGACUUCAUCACCACCUUCAAAAGGCAACGUCCAGCAGCCUGGGUGGAUCUGACUAUAGCCUUCGAGGCCCGCAAACGCACUGCAGGCCCACACCGUACAGGGGCGCUCAACAUCUCCCUACCGUUCUCCUUCAUUGACUUCUACCGUAAGCAGGGAGGCCACAACGUGGAGACAGCCCUGCGCAAGAGCAGCGUGAACUUCGUGAAGUGGUCCUCACAUGGGAUGCUCAGGAUGUCUUGUGAGGCCAUGAAUGAACUCUUUCAGCCCACCGUCAGCGGGAUCAUCCAGCACAUAGAAGCACUGCUGGAGCGCCCUGAGGUGCAGGGUGUCAAACUGCUGUUCCUGGUGGGCGGCUUCGCCGAGUCGGCUAUGCUGCAGCACGCAGUGCAGGCAGCUCUGGGCGCCCGUGGCCUGCGUGUGGUGGUUCCGCACGACGUAGCCCUCACCAUCCUCAAAGGCGCAGUGCUUUUUGGGCAGGCGCCGGGAGUGGUUCGGGUGCGUAGAUCGCCGCUCACUUACGGCGUGGGCGUGCUCAACCGCUUCGUGGCUGGUGUUCACCCACCUGACAAGCUGCUGGUUCGUGACGGUCGCCGCUGGUGCACCGACGUUUUUGAGCGCUUCGUGGCCGCCGAACAGUCGGUGGCCCUGGGCGAGGAAGUGCGGCGCAGCUACUGCCCAGCGCGCCCAGGACAGCGGCGAGUGCUCAUCAACCUAUACUGCUGCGCCGCGGAGGACGCGCGCUUUAUCACCGACCCAGGAGUGCGCAAGUGUGGCGCACUCAGCCUAGAGCUUGAGCCAGCCGAGGGAGGCCCCGACGCCGCCGGAAUGCCCCCCGGCCGCCGCGAGAUCCGUGCUGCCAUGCAGUUUGGCGACACUGAGAUUAAGGUCACCGCUGUCGAUGUCAGCACCAAUCGCUCCGUGCGCGCCGCCAUCGACUUUCUUUCCAAUUGAGGGCGCAGUGCCAGCAGCCCCUCGGCCCAACAAAACUCUUUUGGCCCAGGGCUAGGGCAGAUAAGUCCACCCUGUUUCCCGCCUUCCUGCCCUGGGAGA